CUGCCCCCUUCUCUCUCCUCAUUUUUUGUUUUUCAAAAGUGAUAUGUUCGUAUCUAUAUUUAGAGUUUAGAGUUUAGGGUAGUGUGAGCAGAAAAGAGAGUCCGAAAGAAAGAUAUAUGAUUGAUGCUGUAAUAAAAAAAGAAGAGAGAGAUAGAAAGAAUAAAGUAAAAAAAAUAUGUAAAAACCAAAAAGAAGUACGUGUGAAAAUACAAGUGUUUUUUUUUUUUUUUGGUCUUUUCCUUUGCUGAAGAGGAGUUACACUUACCUAGUUCACAUAUAAAUAUUCUUUCACAGUUCACAUCUUUUCACCCAAAGACACAGUAGAAAGUCUUUCUACAUUACCAUUACUAAAAGAAAAUGGUUUUUCCAAAACAAGUGAACACCAUUUUAUUGAUAUUAUUUCUUUUCUUUUUCAUCUAUGAAUCUAAGGGUGCAUCUUAUUCUUCUGGUUCACAUACUGGUGUUCAUGGUGAUGACACUACAGCACUUCCUAAUGUGAAAGUUAACCUAUCAGUGUACUAUGGAAGUCUAUGCCAAUCUUGUGCAGUUUUCAUAAUUAAGGAUUUGGAGAAUAUCUUCUACAACGGUCUCAUUAGCAUUGUCAAUCUCCAACUAGUUCCUUGGGCCAAUGCUUAUGUCAAUAAUACCAACAAUUCCAUAUCAUGUCAGAAUGGACCAGAAGAAUGCAAGCUAAAUUCUUUGGAGUCCUGUGUCCUCAAUCUCUAUCCUAAUGUGGACACUCAGUAUGCUGUGAUUGUCUGCCUUGAGUUUAUGGCAAUUGAUGGAAGGUUCAAUAGGUGGAAUGAUUGUUUAAAUCAAUUGGAUUUGCCUAAGCAGCCUAUUCUGAAUUGCUUAAAAAGAGGAAAUGGAAUAGAGCUUGGAAAAAAAUAUAUUAAUGAAACUGCACAACUUUACCCACCUCCUUCACUUCUGCCAUGGGUGGUGGUGAACAAUGAACCUAUUGGAAAUGACUAUGCAAAUGUUACAUACUAUGUUUGCAAGGCUUAUAGAGGUGUUGCUGUUCCAGAGGCCUGCAAUCUUCAUUUGAAAUGAAUGCAAGUGAGAAAUAAAAAUUCUACUAUGCAUUAUGUGAGCACUUGAGCACUUCAUGCUCCCAAAAGACAAAUUGACGCUGAAAAUAUCUUGCAUUUAUGAUAUAUUAAGGGAGAGAGAAAGCACAAACAUGUACAAGAUUCCUAGAAGAAUGCAAACAAAGCAAAUAAAUGAAAAAAAAUCUACAUUUU